UGUAGUCUAAAGAAUUGGCUACCGAAAAACCAAUAAUUCAAUUGAUCCGACUCCAUUAAAACUGGAGUGUGGAAUUAAGUGUGAAAUCCUGGUAUAUUUCAUAGAAACAUUGCUGUUGGAUAUGUGACAAAACAACAGUAUGGCGAUACUUGAAGAUAACAAUCUACAAAAGUUGCUCGAGUUUGACACAAACUUGACGAAUGUAAUGGAACUGUACGUAGCCUGUGAGAAUUCAACAACAAUGGUACAUGCUUCGCCACGUCAAACCACGAAGGAUCUAAAUCUCAACGAUUUUGUUCGAUAGUUCUCCAUUCGUUGUUACAAUAUGAGCCAAGGGAAGUUCAUGAGGCGGAGUAAUAGCUGCUCAGCUAUCGUGCCUCGUGAACCGUCAUGGUUAAAAUUAGAAUACGAGGGAGGCCGUCAUUUGAUGUCAGAUAGAGCAUCAACGAGACACACCUUGGAAAGAUGUCGGUCUGCUCGUCUGAUCGAUGUCAGUUCUCACUCAGUAUCACAAAUACGUCAUCUCGCGGACACUUUACGCCGACUGGAUAUUAGUAAUAGAUCACUACGCGUCAUCAGCAAAGAUUUGAUUAAAGAGUUUAUCCAUCUUGAAAAGUUGGACCUGGACAAAAAUAACCUUACCGAUAGCAGUUUUCCAGAUGAAUUUGAAAGACUAGAAAAGCUAGUGGAGUUAAACUUGGAGAACAACAAAAUGCGACAUUUGCCAAAUGUACUGUUGAAAUUGCGCCAACUGACAAGGCUUAAUGUUGGCAGUAACAGACUAGAAGACAUGCAGGGUAUCGAUAAGUUCAGGCGUUUGAUAUCACUUGUCAUAGAAAACAAUAAACUUGAAAAUUCAACCCUCAAAGAAAUAUUCUCCUCUUUGAGAAGACUAGAAACAAUAUACGCAGGUAGCAACAAUUUUACCGACGUGCCAAUUGAUAUAAAAUAUUUGAAAUUUCUUCAAGUUUUGGAUGUGUCUAAGAAUGCUUUAACUGCAUUGCCAAAUGAAGUCUUCAAGUUGCAGCAUUUAGAUGUGCUUAACGCGAGUGGGAAUAAGAUUACUAGGAUCCCGACCAUCAAUAUCAAGACGCGUGCAAAAAGAACGAUAAUGUGCGUUGAUCUAUCUGAUAACGAGAUUGUGAGAUUUCCUGAGCAUCUUCUUUACAUGUCCGACAAACUUGAUCUCACAGGGAACAAAAUAAAAGUGGUUAAUGGAAAUGUUAUCAGGAAGAUGAAACUAGACGAUGGGCAAUCUUUGAAACUAGAAGGUAAUCCCCUCAAUUUCCCUCCUAAGGAAAUCUGUGAAUCUGGUCUAAGGUCAAUGAUGGAGUAUUUCAUCGAGAAGCAAUGCAUGAGUAAAGUCUACAGAGGUCUCAAAGUGCUCGUCUUGGGGGCGUAUAAUUCAGGGAAAACAAGCAUGGUACAAACAAUUGUUGAUGAACAGCCUCGGUUAGUUCGGGAACAGGAACGAACAAUUUCAUGUGACAUAUACGAAGCAAGUAUUACAUUGACCAGUGAAGAUGCACCAACCAAGGAACUCGAUAUUUCCUUAUGGGAUGUAUCUGGCCAUCCGUCAUAUACGUUUACGUCGUAUCUCUUCCUCCACAGAGAGUCACUGAUCUUGAUAGUGUUUAACAUGGAGGAAUAUGAUUCAACAAAGUUUCAUGAAAUGAUAGGACGCUGGAUCGAUUGGGUUUUAGCAAAGAACAACACGAUUACUGCGAUUCCAGUUGGAACCCAUUCUGAUUUGAUUAGUGAAGACAAAGUUAAGAAGAUCUGCGCUGAAGUGACUGGGCGAAUAUCUCAAUAUCUAACUAACUAUACGAAGUCCAUUCAGAAAGAGGUGAAGAAGAUCGAGUCUCGAAGUAAUAUACCGCCAUCUUUAUCUGAACAGUUGAAAUUGUACAUGAAUCUCCUUCGUGCCAAAACUAAAAUCUAUGAAUCCACCAUUGCCAUAAGUUCAUCAAAUAUGGAUGGUUUUGACAAUAUGUGUAGAGCUAUUGAGCAAAUGGCUAUAAAGGAACAUUUUCCGAAUAUUCUGAAAGUGGUGCCGUCAUUAUGGGUCGAGGUGGCUAAUUACAUCGAGGAGAAGGGAUACGCCAUGCAAGUUGCCUACAUGAAGUGGGACGAAUAUGUUGAGGAAUGCAGUGAAAAGUUCGGAAUGAGACACCUAAUGCCAAAUAUCACACAAUACUUACACGAUAGUGGCAAGGUGCUGUGGUUUAGAGAUAACCCAAACCUACAGGAGUAUGUCUUCCUCAGACCUUCCUGGUUGAUCGAUGUUAUAAAACAAUUUAUACGACACAAUGUUGACGAAUACAUUGAUUACAAAAACGAUGAUAUGUUCAGAUUCGCACUGAACGAACUGAAGUUCAAUCAAGUAAAACGAGACUUGAUAGAACAAGGCGUGGUUGAACGCGAUCUCCUUAAAUGCCUAUGGGCUGGACUAGUGAACACAGAAUCUAGCCAGGCUGUCCAAACAAUUUUGUCUCUACUGGUGGAGAAUUUUGAACUUGCAUACCCGGUUGAAAAUGCUAGGAUAAAAUCAGCAGCAGCAAGAUCAGUAAAAAGUGACGUCACUGAUCUUGAUGAAAAAGAAGUUUUUGGAUAUGGCAAAGUGAGAAUGGUGAAACUUGCUAUCCCUUGGUGCAUUCAUGACUCUGAACCAGAGAAGUUCGUGCAAAUCUGGGCGAACCUUAGCUACAGACCGGGACUUGUGUCGGUCUACAAGUUCCCACGUUAUAUCCCACCAGGCUUGUUCGAGCAAAUCACUGUUCGAGCAAACUUUCCGAAACACAAUCUACAAUUUCAAUUCCAUUGGAAAGAAGGCGUCGUUGCAAAGGCGACGGCAAACGGGAAGCCUGUAUUCGUAGUCAUGCGUAGACUUCGUGACAGAGAUGGCGGAACCCAACUACGUAUAGAUGUGAGGUUUGCCAACGCAGAGGAAGAAAUAGAAGUUCAGCAACUGUGGACAGUAAUGUUACCUUUACUAAAGGAUUGCGAAGAUGUGAUUUCAAGGUUUACAGGAAUUUGGUUAGUCAGAUAUGCGGAGUGCCCAGUAUGUCGAGACCUGUCAUUUUUAGGAGAAUGGCUCACACCCAAAGAACUACAGAACAUUCCUAAGAAGAUAUGCGAAUGUUGUAAGAAGAUGGUUAACACUGACUACCUGGUCCAGCCAAAGGAGAGGAAACAGGCCGAAGAACUCAUGAAGUACAUCAACGCCGUUGAGGCUAAAAGGAAGGCUGAUGACACUUCACAUAUUCAAGAAGAAGAAGAUGAGACAGACCUCUAUCUUACACUUGACAACAGCGACUCUGAUUCUAGCGGAGAAGAUGUAGAUGAAGAGAGUGUGCCUGAAAAUGUUGUUAAUACGUCAAGUGACAGUGCCUCCAAUUUCAAACAUUUCAACAUAGAAGAAGACGAUUACGGUGAAUCUCGUGCUGGAUAUAAUGCACAUGCGCGUUUAGUUUCACCACAAGAAAGUUUCUUUGAGACUUCAAAAGGGGGAUAUUCAGACGGCACUGAUUGUACGAGGCAAAUAGAGAAUUUAUUUUUAUGAUUUUAUCAUUUCAACAGUUUACAUGAAUUGUAUAUAUUUGCUCUAUUAAAUGGACUCGAUCUCAAGAGUAAGGUUUCACUUCGAACCUGCUGAACGUCGACAUAGGAGGGGAACUUCAUUCCUGAGUGUGUUUCUAGUUUUUUAAUAUACAUCUACAAUUUUGUUGAAUAUGUAAAUGUUCGUUUGAAUGAUCAAAAACUAUUUGUACAUUGCUUGUGAAUAAUAGUGCUAAUGUGAAUGAUAGUGCUUAAUUAUGUGAUUCAUAGAGCAAGCUUUAAUGUCUCAAUAAUGUAAUGAAAGUUCCCAUAAUUGGGUUUUGGAAUGAUUGGAUUUGCCACGGACAAGGGUUCAUUUCAAUUUUAGUUUAUUUUUAUUUUAUUUUUUCUAUUUGCUUAUGUACCGUUUGUAUCGUUAGUAUAUGGCGAUAUAAAAGUAAAGGGAAACGUAUGCAUCUGUUUUUGUAUAGAUGUUACGCAUUGAUUUUUAAUAAAAAUCACUUUAGUGAAACUAAAAAAUUGAUUUUCAAGCAAUCUCUCUG